AUGGUCCAGUGAAAAGUCCCAGGAGUGGCGAAGACAAAUAUCAAUAUUUGUCUUAUAAAAACUAAAAACAACCACAAAACUUUAACGUAGACCUUUAAUUAGAAUUAUUUAAAAUUAGUUUAAAGCACAUAUUUAGAAUGGCAGGGGAGGCAAGCCAUAAGAAAAAGGGAAAACUGUCCAGACAGGAGAGUAGUAGAUCUGCAAAAGAUUCGGAAAUUGAUAUAGAUAGACCGAUUGCUGGUGCCAGCAGCAAUCAGGACAAGACUAGAAGUGGCGUGAGAGUGUAUAAGAUUGUGGUACUUGGCGACGGCGGUGUCGGAAAGUCAGCUGUGACUCUGCAAUUUGUCAGUCAUAGUUUCAUGGAUUAUCAUGACCCAACAAUUGAGGAUUCAUACCAGCGACAAGCUGUAAUUGAUGGAGAACCUGCUCUGUUGGAUAUAUUAGACACAGCUGGCCAGGUGGAAUUUACCGCGAUGAGGGAUCAAUAUAUGCGAUGUGGUGAAGGUUUUCUGAUCUGUUACAGUGUGACAGACAGACACAGUUUCCAAGAAGCUCUAGAGUACAGGAAAUUGAUCCAGAAGGUCCGCGCCUCCGAGGACACUCCCCUGGUUUUGGUUGGAAACAAAUUUGAUCUCCAAAUGCAACGCAAAGUAACGACUGAAGAAGGCAAAUCUCUAGCACGUCAAUUUGGCUGUCCGUUCUACGAAACCUCAGCGGCUCUCCGUACCUACGUGGAUGACGCCUUCCACACGUUGGUGCGCGAGAUCCGCACCAAAGAACGGGAGAAACUGGGCUUGCAGGGCACCGAUCGGAAGCCGCACCGGCACAGUAAAUGGUGGCGGCUCCGCAGCAUCUUCGCUUUGGUGUUCAAGAGGAAGAGGCACGCGAACUUCAACUCGUAGGAGUGGGAUCUGGGCGAAGGAAACGAGUUCGCCUCUUAGGUUUGGGAUAGGGCGGGGGACUUUGGGUUUCGGACGGGUAAACGGUGUUUUUGGGGUCGGAAUAUUGGACAAAUUAGCGGUUUCGUCGAAAGUCCCCCGGUGUAUUCGUUUAUUUUUGUAUUUUCUUAUACGAGUCGUAUUUUUCACUUAUAAUUUCAUAUAAGACCACAAUAGUAUUGAAUAACAGAUUUACUUAAUAGUUUUGAUCAUUGUACGGUUUGAGAACUCGCAAUCAAAUACGUAAACGUUUGACUGGACUAACAAUCCCCAUUAGGAAACGACAAUUACAGAGUAAAAACCUCGUACUGCAUCUAAACUUUUUAGUGAAUUGUGACAUUUUAGUAAUUUAGGAGCCACAUUCCUAUAGUACUGCCAAUUUUUAUUCAGAUGCAUUUUUUACAAUUUUAAGUACAAUUUAAUGGCUAACAAUGAGUUUGGUUACAUUAAGCGUUUAACCCAGAUGCGUAAUGUACUCAAAUGAAGUGUGCUUUGUGUAAUAUUCGGUGUAACGCUAGACAUCGGGCAGAAAAUAUAUUUUAAUUUUAUAGAGUACCUAUAAUCGUGUAAAUCCGUCUCAGUUUUACAUUUGAUAUUACACAAUUUUUUUAACAAUCAUUAAUGAUAUAAGUACCAUAGUCUUUCGCAAUGAAUUUAAAACUGUGUAAAUAAUUUUAAUGAUUAUGUCUGAAUGAGAGUGUGUGUGUGAGUUGUUGCAUUUAUAAAUUAAUUAUAUGAGCGAUUUUAUGUACAGUUUUCUUGUUGAUGUUUUUUAUAUUUUAUUUUAUGUUUUGCUGUCCUGUAUGAGGCUUUAUAAAAGACCGUAUUGUAUUUUUGCUUUAAUAUCGUACCUGUGAGAUUAAGGAAGGAACGUUAAGAAACUGCGAUUGGUUUCUGACUUGUUGCAAUACACAAUUCACAACAGCCGAAUUUAAUACGCACAAUUCAAAAUAUCCCGUAAAGUCUAGUUAUUUUAAUAUAUUAUAUACAACAUUUAUUUAUAUAAAGGUGAAGUACAAAACAAAAAUGAAACGGAAAAAACCGUUCCGCAAUCGUUGAAUUAAAAUAAUUGGACUUUCCUUCAUCAUACCUAAAACAUUUAUUCACAUCACUGUUUAAUUUCGAAUUUGCAUCCGAAGCGCAUUUUUCCCGCAACGAAUAUAAACGAUAAAUAUUAAACGAAACUACAAAAAAAUCAAAUCAAAUUAUCUUCCUAGUCAGAUUUGUUUCGUUUCUUGCUGUAAUACAAAUAUAUUUUUUUUACAAAUUAUUCUCCCAGUGUUUUUGGUGAUGAGUCCAAAUAACUAGUCGGUUAAUGUAUAUGUAUAUAUGUUUAUAAUAAAUAUACAUAGCAAUAAUCAGAAGUAUAUUUAUUGUAUGGGUGUGAAUGUGUCUCAAAAAGAUACAAAAACAAUUAAAAAUAAAUAAGCUUUAAAAAGGUUGUAAAACAACAUUUUGAUUUGCUGUUAACCGUUUAAAUAUAUGCUUGUUUGUCGUGCAACAAAUUGCCAUUAAAAAUAGUUUAUUCAAGAAAGUAUAUUUAAACGUAAACUUUAAACAUCCAGUUAAAAUCAGUGUGAGUGUUUGAUGUUUCCGACAAAAUGGUAAAUGUGCAAGAGUCUAUGUUUAGUCAGAAAAUUAGAGCUUAACAUGUAUUGUGCAUUGAUACAAUCCUCCAGAAAAAUCAAAUAACACUUCCUUGACUUACCCAAAAUAUGUGUUAAACAUGUGGGCAAUUCAAGGAAGAUCAAGCAAUACAAUCAGUAGUUCGUAGUAUUACCAUAAACAGAUUAAAUAUGCAUUUAAUAACGUCAUGGAGUAUGAAUUCUUAAAGAACAACAUGUACGUCAGGUAAUACUCCCGUACUAAAAUAAAUACAUCACCAACGUUUCACAUUACGUAUUGUUACAUGUUGUUUUUAAGUUAAAUAUACUCUACUUUGAGUUUUGGAGACAAAUUACUAGUUUUAAAAUAAAUUACACAAAAUAUCUAAAUAUUUUUUGAAAAUUGACAAUAUUGCCAAUGUUACGUGAAUAAUCUUUUGUGAUAACAUUACUAAAAAAACAAACUAAAUUCACAUUGUAUUGUAAAUAUUAUAUAAAUCAUGUGCAUUUAAGGAUUGCAAAAAUGUGUGUAAUGGAAUAAGAAUGUUUUCUUCCGUUGUAGCACUGUUGUAGAUAUUUCUAUGUCAACUAACUCAUGGCAGCUGGACUGGAAAAAAACUAAAUAAUACAGAUGCUUUGUUCACGAAAUGCAAUUUGAUUUUAUAAUACAAAGAAAAAUUUACUGUGAGCUUAUACUGCUGUUUUGUGGACUAGAGCAUUGAUAUACGGUAUAUGCAGAAAAAAUGGUGGCAAAAAGAAUUUAUUGCAAGCUUUAAGACAACAUUGUUUAUUAUAAAUAUUAUUUGGGAGGUAGAGUUCUUUAGGCCGCCAGUAAUAUUAAUUUAUAUUAAUUUUAUUCUCAAUCUUCCAAUAACGAAAUUACGACUGUGGAACUUAUUUAAUAUUUCCUGUUAUAUAAAACAAUCGAAAAUCUGGAAGAUUAUAAUAAUUAAUUUGUUAGGUAGUUAAUUUGUUAACGGAAUCUCCAGUAAACAUUUUUGUGCCAUUGGUGGUUAUUUUUCCUAUAUAUAUUUUGUGUGAACACAGGACUUUGAAAGUGCUACUAAUUUGAGUGGAGUCAGGUCACGUUAAAUAGUUGUAAUUAAUGUUUUAAGAUUUCAUCACAAGUGUGAUGUGUGUAAAAUGUGACUUUUAAUUACAUUAAUUAUUAAAUUAUAUUAAAUGCGAGUUACGUGUAUCUAAAUAAAUAUAUUUAUUUUUGUAUUGAGACCACCACUAUAUGUAGUCGCACGUUUUGUGCAACCUGUGUUUAAAUAGCAGAAGACUGUAAGGUUAUUUUUUUACACUCAACUGUGCAUUACACCCUGUAUAAUGAUAUAUUCAUGCUAGUCCCGAGAAAAUAUGUUUACAUGAAAUACAACAAAGACUGAGUAUUUAUAGAUAGCAAACAUCAUAUAUUCUUUCCAUUAAACAAGCUCCACGGUCUAUUAACGUUUUAAUAUUUAAUUAUUAAUUAAACUUGUAUUAUAAUAGUAUUAUUUAUUAAUUUUUAUAUUAUACAUUACAAAAAUAAAUAUUUUAAAACCA